AGAUUAGCGUGUACAAACAAACAGACAGGCAUUUUUUUUUAAUUCAUGCUUGCUUAUUGUUCAUCGCAAUAAAUAUUUUAUUUUUGAAAAUAUAGUCAAUGUAAAGACAAUUUUUUUUACUGUUUUAUUAAAUGUCCUAUUGAUGACGAUGUACUUAAUGUAGUACUUAAUGUAUUCCCAUCAUAUAAGCUAAUCGUUUUCAAACAACUUAUAAUUUUGACAGAGUGUAAAAAGCCAGGUCAAAAGUACCCGAAACCGCCGAGCUUGCAUGAAGAGAGUUAUGAAUGUGGAUGAAGCGAAGGAAGUAUGCAGAGAUCGUGGCAAGUCGAAAGAGGUAGUCUCUGCCUACCCCUCCAGGAAAGAUGUAUGUAUGUAUGUAUGUAAAAAGCCAACGAACGGCGGUAGGUAUAUCAUCUACCUAAGAGGUUACUCCAUUCCAUACUUAUAUGAUCAAUUAUAUCCGUGACCAAGUGGAGCAAGUUCGUCGAGUUUCAAGAAUAAAGCUAUCUACUCGUAUGAUCGACAUAUAAUAAAUUAUUCAUAUCGAGAAACAAUUUGUAUCAGGCCUUGUCAUAUACUCGCGCCAUAUUUUGGCCCUUCGUAGUUAUGAAGAAUAUAAGGGUUCAAUUUAAUAGUACUCUUUGACGCUCUUGUGUGAAGUAAAGCUAGAGUAAACAAAAUAUAAUGUAAUAAAUAAAACAAAUAUUAUAUAUGAGGUUUAUCGACAUCCGGACUCAAAGUCCUAAAUUAAAGCGAGUCAGAAAUAUAAUUACCACGUAAUAACGCUCUACUGAUAUAUUUUUAAUAGCUCCCUUGCAAUCGUAUAGUUAUACUGCAUUCUCGGUGUCAGUCCGCAAAUUUAAUAGAGGCACGUGUUAAACUGUUAUAUCAGGGUGCGGUCUAAUGUCUGGAAAUUGUUCAUUGACUGGUAUAUGUGACCUAAACACGUCAAUUACACGCGAGGCAGUCGUUGUGUACCUUUACUUUGUAGGUGGGUUAAUUAUCGAGUCAUGUUAGUGGCCAAGUAGGCGAUGGAAUUUCUCGGUAACAGAAUAGUAACAAUAACUCACACCAAGCUAACGAAAAAUAUAUUAAUAACCCCAUUUUGAUAUUACACACAUCGAUGUGUAGAAUAUACAUUAAGUAUACAUACAUCGAUGGAGUAAAUACAUUCAUACAUAUGGUCACGUCUAUAUCCCUUGUGGGGUAGACAGAGCCAACAGUCUUAAAAAGACUGAUAGGCCACGCUCAGACAUUUGGCUUAAUGAUAGAAUUGAGACCCAAAUAGUGUCAGGUUGCUAGCCCAUUGCCUAAAAAAAGAAUCCUUUAGUCGCCUUUUACGACAUCCAUGGGAAAGAGAUAGAGUGGUCCUAUUCUUUUUUGUGCUGGUGCCGGGAACCACACGGAACACGGAGUAAAUACCAUAUUUCAUAUUCGUUCAUUAAAACGAAAAUGAACAAGAGAGAUGUUGUCACGUAGGUACUUUAUUCGGAUAUAAACUCCAUUCAUCCAGGGAUGAUGAUGAACUUUCAGCUCUUAACUCGUUUUUUCUUUAACAGUCAAUGCAUCUUUACCUAAGUGUGUCUUUGUAGCCUACAUUCUGAUGUGCUAAUAGGUCACAUAAUAGCUGAGUAUCACAAAUAAACAAACCAGAACGGUUUCUAGACAUUUAAUUACAUCCGUUCCACUGUCAUGAUGGAGCAAGUGCACCGUGUCACUAGGUGCAAGGUAGACGCCUUGCACUCAAAGUCUUCAAAGAAAUGAAUUUCAUCAUUGUACACGUGAUUUUGUUGACUUGGUUUAUCAUCACCAGUGAUGGCGAGCGGUGGUAUUCGGCAACUAUCAUCGACAAAGAACAGGACAAUUUCAUAAAAACGUACAAUACAGAUUAUCUGCAAGCUCAAGAUGGUUUUGUACCAUUGACUAUGAAGAACUUCACAGAAGCAAUUGGAGCAGAUCUGAAUAAGUGGAAUUCUAAAAAGAAGAAGCAUACCGAUUUUAAUUACGCUGACAAUUUAAGCACUUCUGUUACUGCUCGUCCAAAUGCGACAGCGAUAUUGCGCUAUAUGAAUAAUGUCCGAAUAAUCAAUGUGACAAAUAAAAAAAAGCCAAUGAGAAAAUUGAUACGAAAAAGAUGUCGGCCAAUAAGGCAAGAUAAAAAGCUGUUGGGUGCUGGCCGAGCUAAGUUUUUGGAAGUGUUUGAGGUGGUGGAGUUUGAUCACGUGGUCUGCACUUCGAGUAGUGGUUUGGAAGGCACCUGCUUACCAGAAUACGAAUGCCAGAAUGCAAGUGGAAGACCCAUGGGAACUUGUGCUGAUGGAUACGGUACUUGUUGUGUCCUCGAAUUUAAAUGUGACGAUCGCACAUCUGCCGCUUCCGGAUGGUUCACCAAUCCGAGUUUUCCUUCUCCGAGUACUGAAAGACUAUCCUGUACUCUCAUGAUAGACAAAACAUCUGAGAACGUCAAACAGAUACGUUUGGAUUUCAUGAAUUUUGAGCUAUUGCCACCGACCGACGGAACAUGCCAACAGGACCAAUUUAUAGUGUCGGGACAAAACGUGAACAAUGUGAUUCCAAUACUUUGCGGCGUUAAUACAGGACAACACAUUUACAUCGAAGUUGCAGAGACUGAUGGGCCUAUCAAUCUAUCGUUUCAAACUGUAUCAGCGGACACUAGAUUAUUUUCCAUUAAAAUUUCACAACUAACAGAAACGGACGAACUAGCUGGGCCUACCGGUUGCUUCCAAUAUUUCACGGAACCGCAGGGCAUUCUCGAGUCUUUCAACUACAGAGACAAGUCUGACAUUGGGAUCGCGAGAAUUCCUGAGUACUUGAAUAAUUUAAAUUAUGCAAUGUGCAUAAAUCGAGCUACGCAAACAUGCAGCAUUACGUAUACCAACUCAAAUUACAACAUGCAAAUCGUCAAUUACGACCCUGAUGGACUACCGGUAAUUCCAAAAGGACAAGCAGGCGUUGAAAUAUUCAAUUGCCCCAGUGACUGGUUACUUAUAUCGGCUACUCGACUCUGCGGGGAGCGUCUCAAUGAUGGUUCUGUAAUACAGGACUUUUCUUUGGACGCUCCUGUUACAGAUAGCAGUGCUGGUCCAAUAGUAGUAUGGUUCAGGAGUGACGAAGGAUACGUCGGCCGUGGCUUUCAAAUACGAUACCAACAAAAUGCGUGCAAUGACCCUAGUUAAUUUAACGAAAUAAAGCUUGU